AUGUCCACUCCAGCUGUCCAAAUGGCAUGGAGUCUCAGCGAAAGUUCCCAAUCGGCGUUUUCUGUCUUCAGAGGUGUUUUAGCUGCGGCUACAAGCGACAAUGUUCAAGUCCUUGCCAUCAUGGCUUGCGAAAAGUUUGGUACUACAAUUGCUAUGAGCACCCAAACAACAACUAAGGUCUUGUCCACCAUCGUCCCAUCGCCAGAACCGACUCCUAUCAGUUUCUUGAAGAGUUAUGUAGGCUUCUUCAAAGGCGACUGCGCAAGUCAGCUUGGUACGAGUUUGGCUGGCACCCGUUUCCUAGGAUUAGCUGCAGCUCUUGUGACCACAAUUGGCCCCUUCAACGGCGCAAGUGCUCUCGACAUUAUGCUUAAGCAUUCUGCAACUGAUCUAACGUUGCUCCCGACAGUCAGGCACCUGAACGAUCUAUUAGUGAGCCUCGAGGCUAGGUCAUAUGGCUGUGGCUUUGCCGAUUCCGUUUUGGGGUGGCAAAUCCUUCUAGAGAGAGAGGUGCUACCUCGUAUUGCUUCUGAAGAAGCUCGCCAACUUCUAGUCCAAGAAUCUCUACGAGUUCCUUCCUCGGAUAUUAUAGCUGGCAUUGUUGAUGCUUUUCGUCAGGUAGCAAGAAUGGGAUCUUCUACUAUAUUAGGAGCGACAAUCAAAGUCCAUGAAGCCGCAGCUUGGAUUUUAGCCUUCGCACAAUGGUGUCUUGAGAUUCCUCCUUCUGUAUACUUGGAAGGUAUCCCAGAUGCUGUUUGCGAACAGCCCCAGUCGCAAGUCAAGAUCAUUGUUAUGACCAAAGAACCAAACGGGCCCUUUGAAUUGACUAUCCACCACAAGUUGGAGGACAUAACCCAUCUCAUAGAGCCUGGUACACAGGAGCUCAUCUGUGGGAUGGUAACCAUUGAAUCUUACUUCCCGUGGCUGUUUCGACGAACUGGCUUCGAGAGUGUCGACAUGCUCCGUGUAAAAGAUUCGCUCGCCUUGGUCCGACUACCAAUUCUGUACAAUUUCUUGGUUCUGUCAGCAACUCAAUAA